GCGCUGUAUGUCGCGCUUAACUUCGCACAAUGUUUACAUCGUGCAUGACCCGGCAAAACGAUAACAGAAAGCGACAGUGUUAAGCGAAGAUCGUUCUAAAACCUGUGAUCAUAGUGACCAGUGAGACGGGUCAACAGAGCCCCAAUUCGGCGGUCGUAGUGUAAGAGUGCAACGGCCGAAACAAAGGACGCGCAAUGACGUUCUCUGGAAACAUGAAGGAGAGCAAGUCGCGCGGCGUGAAAGACACAUGGGAGUCGGAGCUUGGAUAUGGCUGGUCACGCAACGGUCAGCGGCGAUGCGCGCGACACCGCGGCCCGGAGUCCACUAUGUCCGUGAGCAGCGACAUCCGCUUCACACGCCGCAAACUCAGCCGCUCCUGCCGCGGUUGCUGCGCGGCCGCCGCCUCACUGCUCGUGCUGCUGCUACUCGCCGCUGUCGCCGUUUAUCUCGGACAUAUGUACUUGUUUGGAGACCCAUUGAACCGGCAAACUUUCCGAGGGUCAUUCGUGAUCGCCCUCGGGGUGGAGGGCGAGUUCGGUGACCCCGAGGCGCGGGGCAAUGCCACCAAGGAAGGGUUCCUGCAGGCAGCUCUGACGGACCUCUACCGGACCUCGGAACUGAGGUCGUGCUUCGUAGCCGCUGACGUUUUAGCUUUAGACAGCUUGGAGAAAGGGAUACGAGUGCACUUUGAGAUGUCCUUCGAACCCAUAUUCACGGCAGUUACUACGAGCGAGGUACGAGCUGUGUUGACGCGGGAGUUGACGUCGCCUGCGCACCUUCGGAAUGUCGCAGCAUUAGUAGAGACACUACAACUGGAGGAAAAUUCUGUAAUAUCAUUGGAACUGAAAGAAGCCGAAACGACCACAGACGAUGCGCCGACGACGGAGGCUACUUCCACAGAGGUGGUGGAAGAACUGCGCGAGUGUGCACCGGUCACUCUGGGGCUGUGUUCCCACUUGCCGUACAACACUACCGCGUAUCCGAACCUCGUGGGGCACCAGAAUAAGGAUGCUAUGAAUGCGGAUCUUGUUGCCUUUAGAGAGCUCCUUGAUGCGGAAUGUUCACAUCUUGCACAGGAUUUCGUAUGCGAGAUGUUGCAGCCACGCUGCGAUCACGACCACCUGGUGCGGCCGUGUCGGGCAUACUGCAGAGCGUUCCACGCGGGCUGCGGAGCGAGACUGCCAGAAAGACUGCGACCCCAUUUUGACUGCUCCCGCUUUCCGGACUACUUUGGACCAGGAUCAUGUACGCCAGAAGCAGAUUGCAGCGCCGGUCUUCAGCGGUUAGCUCUAUCGCGGCGCGCUUGCGAUGGCGUGCCGGAUUGCGCGGGGGGCGAGGACGAGCGAGCCUGCGCACAUUGCGCGGGCGCUGGUGGUGCGGCUCUCCGCUGCGCGCUGCACGCCCGCUGUCUGCCGCCGUAUCUACGCUGUGACGGCACUCCUGACUGUCCCGAUGGCAGCGAUGAGACUGGAUGUUUAUGGAUCGCACGUUCCCUAGCAUCCUGGAGACGUGAGAACGGAGAGACAACGCUCGGGGCAGUUCGUAGUCGUGCGGGGUACGCCGUGUGGGCGGAGCGCGGCCGCGACGGCAAGAUCUGCGCGGCGCCUUACGAGAACGACAAGCGAGCGCUAAUGAGCGUCGCUACGUCACUGUGUAGAGCUUUAACUUUUAGGACAGCAAUAAGCGCAGAAGUUGUACCUGACAGUGAAGAAGAAAUUGAAUCAAAUGAAUCAGAGCAAACUGAAUCGCGGAAAUUCACAAAAGAAAAACCAGAAUACGUAGAAGUGGUAGACCCCUUUGCGAAUGAAAUAUCGUUUCAGAAAAGCGAAUGCCCGCAACGGAAAGUGAUUCGAGUGUCUUGCGAAAAUUUAGAAUGUGGCUUGGCAUCAGCGCGAGGAGCUCAGGCUAAUCGCGGCGUGGAGGGCCUGCCCCGCUCGGCGCAGCCCGGAGACUGGCCGUGGCACGCGGCGCUGCUGCGCGCGCACGUGCACGCCUGCGACGCCGCCCUCGUGCACCCCUCGUGGCUUGUCACCACCGCCUCCUGUUUCCAGGGACAACCAAAAGCUGAGUGGACUGCCAGAUUAGGAACCGUACGGAUCCAGAGUACUACGCCAUGGCAACAAGAACAGCGUAUCGUGGGCAUGGUGCGGUCUCCGGUAGAAGGAAGCAUGUUAGCGCUGGUCAGAUUAGAGGAGCCAGUUGAAAUGACAGACUUUGUGCGCCCACUAUGCUUGCCCGAAGACAAUGCUGCAGAUAACGCAGACAGUGUUUGCAACACAUUAGGGUGGACGCGGAAUAGGGACCAAUUGCAGAGAGUACAUGUCAGCAUAAGCCCGAUGAAUACAUGCGAAAAUGUCAGCAUAGCUACCGUGAAUGGAAUUUGUGCUGAGCCUCUUUAUCACCAAGACGACUGUGAUGAAGAAGAAUAUGCAGGUAGUUCAAUGAUGUGUUUCAAUAAUAAAUUGAAACGUUGGUCUUUGGUUGGAGUCAGCGGGUGGCGCAUUGCCUGCUCUAAAAUAGGACUAGGCAGGCCUCGGAUCUACGACGCGAUUGCUUCACAUGUAGAUUGGAUACGCCGAACCAUUUCCAAUUCUGCUAGAUGACCUUAAUAUGUCUACGUAAUAUGCAUAUUUUAAAAAGACUGUAGGUACUUAAGUACCCUAUAGAAGUAGAAUGAUUGCAUUUUAAAAUUAUGCAAUGUUUUGUCUGUAUGAAAAAUAUCUGUGAAUAAGUUCAACCAUGUGCAUUAAAAUAUUACAAAAGUAAUACCAAUAUAAGUAGAUAUUAAAAGCUACAGUUUUCAGUAGGUUUUAUUUUAUUGAGGUACAAUACUCAACAUUUAC